AACACGAAAAAAUCUCUGGCACUCAUUCCUUCCUUGUUAGUUCGCUGCAAAUGAACGUCAGAUUGAGAAAAGAACGGUAAAAAAUCUCGUUUCGACCUCUAAGCCAUCUGACGUACCAUCCACUGUUGGUAUAAAUUAAUUCGCUUCGUCACCAGACGUCAAUGCUUCGCAGGACUUGUACACUGGAGCUCCGCGUUGCCUCGACUUCAAACCGCCAUGCGUCCGCAGCGUGAUGGAGCAGCGCCGAACACCGACGUCGGUCUGAAGGACUGAGUUUCGGCUUUUCCCACUCGAAAUGGAAAAUACAAACAACACUACCUAUUCGGACGGGCCCGACAGGAAUGAAACCGUGACGGCGUUAGCCGAAGUGGCGCUAAGUUACCAGAUUGUCACCUCGCUGUUCCUCGGAGCACUCAUCCUCUGUUCCAUAUUUGGGAAUGCGUGCGUGGUCGCGGCCAUCGCGCUGGAGAGGUCGCUGCAGAAUGUGGCGAACUACCUGAUUGGGUCACUGGCCGUCACGGACCUGAUGGUGUCGGUGCUCGUGUUGCCCAUGGCCGCUCUGUACCAAGUCUUAAACAAGUGGACCCUCGGACAGGUAACUUGUGACAUUUUCAUUUCUUUGGACGUGCUGUGUUGCACGUCGUCCAUACUUCACUUGUGCGCAAUAGCUUUGGACAGGUACUGGGCGAUAACCGACCCCAUCGACUACGUGAACAAAAGGACUCCCAGACGAGCGGCUGUCUUAAUUUGCCUCACCUGGGUAAUAGGGUUCUCCAUAUCUAUCCCGCCGAUGUUAGGAUGGCGAAAAGCAGAGGACAGGGCUAACCCAGACGCAUGCACCAUCAGCCAAGAUCCCGGCUACACCAUCUAUUCGACUUUCGGCGCUUUUUACAUCCCUCUGAUUCUCAUGUUGGUCCUGUACGGAAGGAUUUUCAAAGCAGCCAGGUUUCGAAUUCGAAAGACUGUCCGGAAAACGGAGAAGAAGAAAGUGUCCGACAAAUGCCUAACGGUGUCGCCGGCUUUCUUUCACAAGAAAACCAACGGGGAAGCUGGCAAAAAUUGGAAGCGGAGCGUGGAGCCAAAACCGAGCUCGUGCGUAAACGGCGCUGUCAAGCACGGGGAGGACGGCGAGUCGCUGGAGAUCAUCGAAGUUCAGAGCAACUCCAGAAGUCACCUUCAGCUCCCGAACACUCCUCAGUCGGCGCCGUGUUUCGAGAACAGGAAUGAGAAGAACACGGAGGCCAAGAGAAAAAUGGCCCUUGCCAGGGAGCGCAAGACGGUCAAAACACUUGGAAUAAUUAUGGGAACUUUUAUCUUGUGUUGGCUGCCGUUCUUUAUCGUGGCUCUGGUUUUGCCGUUCUGCCGUGAGAGAUGCUGGAUGCCAGAGUCUCUCGGAGCAGUAAUAAAUUGGCUCGGUUACUCGAACUCUCUCAUGAACCCGAUUAUAUACGCCUACUUCAACAAAGAUUUCCAGAGCGCUUUCAAGAAGAUAAUCAAAUGCAAGUUUUACAGACCAUAAAUGGUUAAACACUUGUUUAUCUUCGUGUGGUAAAGCAGAUGAACUUGGGCCAUGUGACUGUAUGUUUAUCUAUUUUAUCUCGUUCAAUGAAUGCUGAAAUGCACCGAAAGAGUAUUUUCUUUCAGUAAGGUAAUCCCAUUUCAGACUCCGAUCUCUCCAAGGUCUAUCCACGUGCUUCGGUGAUCAACCGAUUCAGCACAGAAUAAACAAUAAAUAAAAGUAACCCCAAAUAUCGGGGUGGACUUCUGGUUUUAAAGGUAACUGAGGCAUGGAGACGUGCAGUACGCUGGGUUUGUGUAUUUUGUGUUACACAUUUGCAACGCAUCGUUGUAUUUCCACUUAAGAUACAUCUUGCAGUCAGCGUGAUUAUUUCCGACAAUGUAACCAUUUUAUUAGGACCGGAGGGGUUUCCAUACAUGACCAUAAACAACGUCAUUUAUGCUUCGCAGAACUGAAAUAAUAAAUCACCUAAUUACUGAAAUCAACUCGUGUGCGGUCCAGUUUUUAUCAGUUGCGACAUCCAGUCGCUUUGUUUUCUUGGACGAUGCAGCUGAGCUGAAUCUUUAAGCCUG